UGGGCGGAGUUAGAGAGAGCGGAGAGAAAGCGGGUUUGAAUAGUUACAGCAACGGAAAUAUUGCAAUUUGUAAGACAAUUUCAUUUUUUACCUUCAAUUUAAUUCUGUCUUUCAGAAUUCACUAUAACGAGCCUCGGAGUGCGGGGAGACAGGAAAGGGAACCGGGUUUGGGAGGAGAUUUGUUGGCUUUGUUUAGCGAGCUUGCCGGUAUUGGAGGUGAAGCGCCCCCCCCUCUUUCAGUGUUCAUAGCUCAGUUAGCCGAGUUAGCUUAGCUUAGCAACCUGCUAAUCUUCACCCGACGGCUUGGUUUACAAUCUGAACACUGAAUAGCUGAGAGUUUCAUGUGGAUUGGACUUCUGAAGUGAUGAUAAAAGUUCCAGCUACACGGGCCCUGAAAAGUCAAGGUUAUCAACGUUUGCAGAAACAUGGAAACCAUGGGCUUGACUGGGAAGAAAUCGGAGAAAGGCCCAGUGUGCUGGAGGAGGAGAGUAAAGUCCGUGUACAUGCGCUUACGCCAGCUGAAACGCUUCAGAAGAGCCGAUGAGGUUAAGAGCAUGUUCAACUCCAACCGACAGAAGAUUAUAGAGCGCACCGACAUUCUCAAUCAGGAGUGGAAACUGCGGCGGAUUCAGCCAGUGCACAUCAUGACACCUGUGAGCUCAUUACGUGGAACAAGAGAGUGCACAGUAGAUAGUGGAUUUGCAGAGUUCUCCAGACAAGUCAUUCCUCUUAAAACCCUGAAUGCUGUAGCGUCCGUGCCUGUGAUGUAUUCCUGGUCACCACUCCAACAAAAUUUUAUGGUUGAAGAUGAGACGGUUUUGCACAAUAUCCCUUACAUGGGAGACGAGAUCCUGGACCAGGAUGGCACUUUUAUUGAGGAGCUUAUUAAAAACUACGAUGGCAAGGUUCAUGGAGAUAGAGAAUGUGGCUUUAUUAAUGAUGAGAUCUUUGUGGAGUUGGUGAAUGCCCUCAAUCAGUACAGCGACAAUGAAGAUGAUGACGAAGACGACGACCAGCACGAUUACAAACUAGACAACUGUGAUGCAAAAGACAUUGCUGAAGAUUCUCGCAAGGACCAGCUUCUUAACUCGGAGAGUCGAAGCAGUGACUUUCCAAAAAAGUUCCCGACCGAUAAAAUCUUUGAUGCCAUCUCUUCUAUGUUCCCUGAUAAAGGAUCACCAGAAGAGCUCAAAGAAAAGUAUAAGGAGCUGACUGAGCAACAGCUCCCAGGUACCCUUCCUCCUGAGUGCACACCCAACAUUGACGGCCCAAACGCCAAAUCAGUCCAGAGGGAGCAAAGCCUGCACUCCUUCCAUACACUCUUCUGUAGGCGCUGCUUCAAAUAUGACUGCUUUCUUCAUCGUGAGUCCUUUCAUGCAACUCCAAACACGUACAAACGCAAGAACUUGGAGAAUAUGGUGGACAGCAAGCCAUGUGGCAUUGAUUGCUACAUGUACCUGGUUCAGGAUGGCAUGGUGAAGGAGUAUGCAGCUGGUGUGGUGGCUGAGCGAGCAAAAACCCCGUUGAAGCGUACAGCAGCCAGACGCAGAGGCAGAAUUGCCAACAGCAGCAGGCCAAGCACACCAACCGUGAACACGGAGACUAAAGACACGGACAGCGACCGAGAGGGAGGGACAGACACCAACGACAGCAAUGAUAAAGAUGACGAGGACAAGAAGGAAGAGACCACUAGCUCUUCAGAGGCGAAUUCCCGCUGCCAGACUCCAGUGAAACUGAAGAUUCCUGAUCCUCCCGAGAACGUAGACUGGAGCGGAGCAGAGGCCUCCCUUUUCCGUGUACUCAUUGGCACUUACUAUGACAACUUCUGUGCCAUUGCUCGCCUCAUUGGCUCCAAGACCUGCAGACAGGUGUAUGAAUUCAGGGUAAAGGAAUCCAGCAUCAUUGCACGUGCACCUGCUGAAGAUGAAGACACACCUCCAAGAAAGAAGAAGAGGAAACACAGGUUGUGGGCCACACACUGUCGAAAAAUUCAACUAAAGAAAGAUGGUUCCUCCAAUCACGUCUACAACUACCAGCCAUGUGACCACCCGAGGCAACCAUGUGACAGCUCCUGCCCAUGCGUCACUGCUCAAAACUUCUGUGAGAAGUUCUGCCAGUGCAGCUCAGAGUGCCAGAACCGUUUCCCGGGCUGCCGCUGCAAGGCUCAGUGCAACACAAAGCAGUGUCCAUGUUACCUGGCUGUGCGUGAGUGCGACCCCGACCUCUGUCUCACCUGCGGAGCUGCUGAUCACUGGGACAGCAAAAACGUCUCGUGCAAAAACUGCAGCAUUCAGAGAGGUGCCAAGAAGCAUUUACUGUUGGCACCGUCUGACGUGGCAGGAUGGGGCAUUUUUAUCAAAGAGCCAGUCCAGAAGAAUGAGUUCAUUUCAGAGUACUGUGGAGAGAUCAUCUCCCAGGAUGAGGCUGACCGCAGAGGAAAGGUCUAUGACAAAUACAUGUGUAGUUUCUUGUUCAACCUCAACAAUGAUUUUGUUGUUGAUGCGACGAGGAAAGGCAACAAGAUCAGGUUUGCCAAUCACUCCGUCAACCCCAACUGCUAUGCAAAAGUUAUGAUGGUUAACGGGGAUCACCGAAUAGGCAUUUUUGCCAAGAGAGCCAUACAAACCGGGGAGGAGCUUUUCUUCGACUAUAGAUAUAGUCAAGCAGACGCUCUCAAGUACGUGGGCAUCGAACGUGAAAUGGAAAUUUCAUGAAUCCGUCUACCUCUGGAACAAAUGCCUUACACUCUUCAGGAAUUUUCUCUCCACAUGCCGUUUCAAUACGUUUCAAAACUGGCUUUUAUAGGACAAGGUGAUCUGCCAACUUGGAUAUUUCUAGUAGUUUUUUACACUUCGGUCUUUCUGUCAUUGUUUUUCUUGACCAACAGGCUUACUCUGGGAAUUCACGUUUUGACAGUAACUUGAAUAUUCACUUGUUUACAGCUUCCAGUUUAGUAGAGAUCAGUCACUGUCUAAUGGGCUGUUUGUUUUCCAGUAAACCGAACUUUUUAUUAUAGUUUUUUCUACUUUUUUUUUUUUUUUAUUAUUAUUUUAUUAUUAUUUUUAUUUUUAUUGCAACCAGUCAAUGUCUUUCAACCUUUGGACCAAACUGUCAGUAAACUACAGGUUCAGCACCAGUUUAUUAGGUACUAAAUCUGUAUAUGGGCUGAUUUAUACUGGGUUUGCGAAACUGCAGACAUUCUGUGCAGAUAAUUACAAUUAUUAAUAAUAGUUGUUCGGUCCUGGGGUCAGUGGUUCAUGUCCAAAAAAACAAACAAACAAAAGAAUUGUUGGAUUUUACGGUAGAACAGAAGCAGCAAAGUACUGGACUGGAUGAAGUGCUUUUGCUGUUAAUACUGUACUUUUCAGAUUUGUGACAAUAUUAUGCUUCCAUUUUUUUUUAAAUCUAAACCCACAUUGUUCUUAUUUCACUGUUCCUCUCAUUUUGUAAUUUGUAGAUAAUCAUUAUAUAAAAUAGUGUACCCAACAGUUAGGGAUAUACUGUUGUAGGAAAUAAUGAACAUUGGAGUGGUGUAAUGCUGCCUGGAUUUACUGUUACUACCCUGAAGUUGAUUAUUUUCCAAUGACCGCAUGUCCCAAAGCGUUUUAUUCCUCUUAUACCACUGCAGUUUGCUAAUGAUGACCAUUUGAAAUUUAUCUGCAACAUGUUCCUGUUAUCAUUUAUGUUGCAGCAGCUAUAAACAGUCUAUAGACACCAGCCUGUUUAGGUAAUAAAACGAACACUGCUAGAAACCGAAAGUGUAAAGGGGAACAAAGAAACAACUUGAUUCUCACUUCAACUUCCAUAAAUGUUACAUUAAUGUCUCCUUACAUGAAACAUCAUGAUAUUAAACAUUUCAUAUUUUUAAGAUUAUUUUAAAGUGUGUUAUAAAGUAAUAUUAAACAUACUGCUCUCAGAGCUGCUAUUAGUUUUUAAUUAAUCCACUUCUGCCCAAUCAGAUUUGAGAAUUUUCCAGUACUGUGUUGCAAGCCUGUUUUACGUCAUACAUUAUCUGUGAACCGAUCCUCAAACCUGCUCAGCUUCUCUUCUGGUUUGGGUCUUGUCUCAGUGCUCCCGGAUACACUUCUUUGCUCAACCAACCAGAGUUCACCUGACUCCCAGCGCCGCCGCCUUUUCAAAUUACCCAUAAAUCUUUUCACAUACAUGCUUACAUGCAUCUUGAUGGGUCAGUAUAAAUCAGCCCUGCCUAAUAAACCGGACUCUCACUAUGCUACACAGGUCUUCAUCAAGUUGAGGUGUUUUUGAUCCAUUUGAAAAACCAAAGUCACUUUCUCUGCUUGUCUGUCAUCACAAGCAUCUAUAGAGUUAUCAUGUACUUUCUGGAGUGCCAAGUGCAUCCAGUUUCUGUAAAAUAUAUAUAUAUAUUAAAAAAAAAAGUAAGUAUUAAAAAAAAAAAAAAAGGACAAAAAACAUGGAUAGAUAAAGUAAUCUAACUUGCGGUGCCUUGAAAUUACACUGAACUGUUUAGGUGUCCUAAAAUGUUGGUGAUUUGUGUAUUGAGUUUGUUGUAUGCAUGAACAAAGAUUUCAAAUGGAGUAGAAAUCAGGAUCAGGGAACUUUUUCAAUGUUUGUUUUUGUUAUUUUCGAAAAUCUCCACAACUUUUAUGAGCAGCUUUUUUGCCAGACCAUCACUGUAGGAAGGAAAUGGACAGUUUGGACAGUCUGUAAGGUCUUCCUGUUGUUAAUUAUUGGGUCAUCCACUAUGUUCUGGCACUGUGUUUUGUUUUGUUUUUUUUGUUUUUUUAUUUUCUUAUUUAAGAAAAAAAAAAAAAUCACAUAAGAGCACAAAUCAGUCAAUAACAUGCUCAUUUAUUCUAAAAAAAAAAACAGUGUAUUGUUUUCUGGAUGGUUGGCUGCUAUGGUUGAGCAUGGAUUCAUGAUUUAUUAUACUGUUGAUCAUCGAUUAGAUCUAACUGACCACCUUUUUUUUUUGGAUGGUUAAAUGUUAGGGAAGUGCAAGAGACUCGUCCUUGCCCUGAUGCAGCGGAUGCUAGUCGUUUAUAUCAUUUGUUUUUGUUCUGUUUUGAGACAUCACAGAGAGUAAAAUGUGUUAUCUGCUUAGAUUAUAUAUAUAUAUAUAUAUGUGUAUAUUUUUAUAACUGGGAUUUUAAAGUAAAAGAUUAAGAAUAGAGUAACGAGCCAUGAAGUCACUUAACUGAUGGAAUGGCGCUUUUACUUUCAGUGAUUAAAAACUUCAUCUACUGCGUGCACUGAGAUGUAAUGAAUAUUUACUAGAAUACAGGUUGUGAUACAUAGCCAGAAUUUUUUUUUUGUGUGUGUGUUGGAAAUGACAACCUACCAAUAUGAAAGUUCUUAUAUUUAUUAUUAAGCUUUUAUUAGCCUUUUGACUGGAUUUGAAUAGGUUUAAUCUUAACCUCACACUCAAAAACAAAUCUAUGAAUAUCAUUUCAGAUCUAAUGUGUUGGUCAGUGAGAAUAAAAAGCUCUACACCUGGGAUAAAUCAGCAGAAUAUUAUUGUCCACAUUGUAAUAAUGUCCCUGCAUUCAAGAUGACUGGGUUAUGUCAGUGAUGGUAAUCAAUAAUGCAACAGUAUAAUAAAUGAUUCUUAUGCAACCCUUAAUGUUUAAUGUUACUGGGAUGCUUUUAUUUUGGAGAUUAAAAGAUAAAUGGUGCUAAUCCAACGGUGUGAAAUCAACAGUGUAUUAAGGUGAACAUGGUUCUGUAUAAAUAAGUUAAAACACGGUACAUAACGCACCAGAGGUGCAGCUAUCUCCUUGCUAAGAUGUGUCCAGACAUGUUGGAUGACCCAUGAAAAUCAGUCCCGCUGAGUAUGGCUAUGAGAAGUUGUGCUAAAACCACAGCAAUAAGAUCAGCCUCUAAUACCCUACACCUACACGUGAAGAUAUUUAACUGUCGCUGUUUCUAGACUCUGUAAGCAGGUUUGGCUUUUCUGUAAUUUAUUAAGAAGAAAAAAAUCUUUGCUGUGAUUUGCCAAGUAAAAUUCAAAUGGUUUUCUCAGCGUGAGUUUGAUAGCCUCCUCACCAGCAUGUUUCUCUCGAGACAUUCAGUCGUCUUUCAGUCGGUUUUUCUUUUUGGUUUUUUUUUUUCCCUGAGGGUUUGUGACCACUCUGUUUCUCUCUGCCUCUGAUUGUACAAGGUGCUGAUUUUUAAUGUUUACAGAUAAUAUUGUUAAAAGUAAUAAACAAAACUAAAAUAA